GUAAUUGAAACUUACCCUAAGCUCCUUUUAUCUCCACUCUAGAGGUAACCCCGAUUAUUGCUGACUUAAGCAUCGGAGUGUCUACCCCGAGGUCCACCUCGGGGCUUUGCAUGUCAUUCCGGAGUGCAGUUGCGGACUGAAGAAGGACUUCUGGUUCGUUGCAAUUACAUUGGCGCCGUCUGUGGGAAUCGAACUGAAAGCUUUCUAGUUGCUCUUCCAUCAUGGUUCACACUCGAUCAGUUCGAGCUGGUAAUUCAUCUCUGCCUCUUGGGCAAGGUCAACCACCUACCAACCUUCCACCUCUGAUCCCACCUCAAAUCCCAACUCAACUUCCACCUCAGCUUCCACCUCAGGUCCCAAUUAUGUUCCCUCUUGUUGAUCAUGCAGAAGGAGGAGAUGAAAAUCAACCUCACACCUCAGCUCACAAUUCAACCUCCACUUCCAAUCAAGACGUAGUGGCAGCUCAGCUUGCUGCCAUGCAACAACAGUUCGGUGUUUUUCAGUUGAAUCCUCAACUAGUUCAACUUGCUCCUGCUAUUAGCGAAUCUCAGGCUCAAUCCCACAUCGCACCCGCUCAACAACCCAUCCCUGAUGAUGUUACUCGCCGCCUCGAUAGCUUGGAAAAGCUAGUAGCCGAACACCGAGGUGCUCUGCCCCCACACCACGCUACUGAUUCUAUACCUCACCCUCUGAAUACCAACAUUACACUGGAACCCUAUCCUGCUGGCUUCAAAAUACCACAACUGGAGACUUAUGAUGGGACGAAGGAUCCCGAUGAUCAUCUGCAUGCUUUCUACUCUUGCAUGCAAGCUCAGAACGCCUCUGACGCGUUGAUGUGCAAGAUCUUCCCCUCUACUCUUCGAGGUAAUGCCCGAACUUGGUAUUACAGUUUACCUCCGAGGUUAAUUAGGUCAUAUACAGAAAUGGCAUCUGCCUUUGCCACUAAGUUUUCCAGUAGAAGGUUGAUUAGGAAAACUACUUCUAAGCUGAUGAGAGUUAAACAAAGGGAUGGAGAAUCUCUCAAGAACUAUAUGAGCAGGUUCAAUGAUGCGGUAUUGGAGGUUAGUUCCUUUGAUCAGGCUAUGGGGAUUGCAGCUGUGAUCUCUGGUCUUAAGCAUGACAGGUUCAGAGACAGUUUGAUCAAACAUGUUGCCACCACCUUCAGCGAGGUGAAUGAUAGGUCUCUCAAAUUUAUAACUGCUGAGGAGUACGCCCUGGCGCAAAACCCACCUCCCUCUAAGAACCAGAACCCAGAUUGGAGAGAUGACAACCCGAGCAGGAAAAGGAUGAGGGUGGCGCAGAACCGAGGUCCGAUGUUGACUUCCCUGCCGAGAUUCGGAAGGCCGGACUCAACACCCCCGCAGCAAUCUGCAGGUAAACCUCCAGCUAAUUGGACUCCCUUUAAUCUGCCGAGGUCGCAAAUUUUUAUGCAGAUUAAGAACAAAAUGGACUUGAGACGUCCUGGCCCAAUGCGAACUGCUGUUGCUAGUCGAGACCAUACCAGAUAUUGUGAUUUCCACCAGGAUCACGGCCAUACUACAGAGCAGUGUAACAGCUUAAAGUCCGAACUAGAAAGUUUAGCUCAGAAGGGAAUGCUGAAUGAGUAUGUUCAGAAAGCUGAACAACCGAGGUUUGUCAGAGAGCAGAGGCUGCAGCCUCAAGGAGUCCGCAAUCCCCCAAAUAGACAAGGUGUGGGAUAUCAGCAAGCCCCACCUCCGCUCCCACCACCGGCUAGAAUCAUACAUAUGAUUACGGGAGGCCUUGAAGUAGGUGGACUGAGCUCUAAGCAGCGAAAGCUGUAUGUCAGAGAAGUUAAGCAUCAAAACCGAGCUCAGAAGCGGAAGAUUGACGAUGCUGAGUGGAAAAAUCAGCCCAUUACUUUCACAUCUGCUGACCUCAACACAGUUGUUACACCCCACAAUGAUCCUCUGGUCACUUCUGUCAUGAUCAACAACUGUGAAGUACAGCGUGUCCUUGUUGACACCGGGAGUGCACUCGACAUCAUGUACUUUCACUGUUUCAAGAGUCUGGGGCUAGAUCCAGCAUUGUUGCAGAAGUAUGAUGGUCCUAUCUAUGGUUUCAACAACCAACCUGUUCCGGUAGAAGGAGUUCUUACCCUCCAUGUGGCUUUUGGGAGUGUGGUUGAUCCUGUGAUGAUGAAGUAUGUAGCCUUGGUGGCCGAGCUGAAGUGCAAAUUCCAGAAAUUCUGUCUGAGUAAAAUCCCCCGAGCUAAGAACGAACAGGCAGAUUCACUCUCCAAGUUUGCCUCUGAUAGCUCUUUAAGUUCCAGAUCUGUUUUUGUAGAAGUCUUAGAUGAACCAAGCUUCACGAAGCCUUGGGUGAUGGAGAUUAGCACAAACCCUGACAUGCUGAGCUGGACUGAUUCGAUUGUCUCCUUUUUACGAGAUGGGAUCGUACCUGAGGAUAGCCCUUAUGAAGCUGAAUAUGCACUUCGAGAGGUACAUGAAGGUAUCUGUGGGAGCCAUGUCGGUGCUAGGACUCUGGCUCACAAGGUCUUAAGGCAAGGGUAUUACUGGCCCAACAUAUACAAAGAUGCCACUUACUUUGUUCAGAAAUGCCCGAAAUGUCAAUUCUUCGCACAUCUGACUCACCAACCAACAGAAGAACUCACAAACAUGGUAGCACCGUGGCCAUUUGCUCAGUGGGGACUGGAUCUUUUAGGCCCAUUCGUGAAAGGGGUUGGUGGUGUAACCCAUAUGGUUGUUGGUGUGGAUUAUUUUACAAAGUGGGUUGAAGCUCGGCCUUUAUCUAGUCUUACCUCUAAGAAGGUUGAAGAUUUUGUUUUCAGCUCGAUCAUCUGCAGAUAUGGGAUCCCAAAUCAGAUUGUGGCUGAUAAUGGAACUCAAUUCAAUUGCUCCUCAUUCCGCGAUUUCUGUUCCAGUUAUGGGAUCAAGUUACAGUUCACCUCUUUCAUUCCCUUCUGUUAAUAAAUGUCACUUCACAUUUGAAGUGCUUUAUCUGCUUUUAAUUUGUUCGCAAUGCUGUACUUGUUCCUAAUUCAUAUGAAGUGGCUUACUUCUUCUUAACUCGUCUGAAGUGAAUUACUUCUUCUUAAUUCUUCUUAAUUCGUCUCAAGUACUCUCAGUUCUUUCAUUCAUAAAACAUAACAAAAAUA